AGAGAAAGGUUCCGAUAGCAGCGCACUGCGGGUUGGUUUGUUUGCAACGGCAGUGACGGAGGUUGAGAGCCUGGCUGACUGCAGGCGGGGGUGUCAAGAGGCGGAUUCCUCCUCCCGUCGGCACUGGGGGGCGGGGAGGAGGGAGGCCGGACCAGCGGCCGGGGACCGAGCCGCAAAGACAGAGCGGGCAGAGGCGAUGGAGGGCAACGGGGUGCCAUGGGGGAGCGAGCCCGUCUCGGGUCCCGGCCCCGGCCCUGGCGGCGGCGGAAUGAUCCGCGAGCUGUGCCGGGGCUUCGGCCGCUACCGCCGCUACCUGGGACGGCUGCGACAGAACCUGCGCGAGACCCAGAAGUUCUUCCGCGACAUUAAGUGCUCCCACAACCACACUUGUCCCUCCUCCCCCACGAGCGGCGGCGGGGCCGAGCGCGGCCCUGCGGGCGAUGUCGCCGAAACCGGGCUGCAGGCGGGCCAACUGAGCUGCAUUUCCUUCCCGCCUAAGGAAGAGAAGUACCUCCAGCAGAUUGUGGACUGCCUCCCUUGCAUAGUGAUCCUCGGCCAGGAUUGUAAUGUCAAGUGCCAGCUGUUGAACCUGCUGUUGGGGGUGCAGGUGCUUCCCACCACCAAGCUGGGCAGUGAGGAGAGCUGUAAGCUUCGGCGCCUCCGCUUCACCUAUGGAACUCAGACUCGGGUGAGCCUGGCGCUCCCUGGACAGUAUGAACUAGUGCACACGCUGGUGGCUCACCAGGGCAACUGGGAGACCAUCCCUGAGGAGGAUCUGGAGGUCCAAGAGAACAAUGAGGAUGCUGCUCAUGUUUUAGCGGAACUGGAGGUAACGAUGCACCAUGCUCUCUUACAGGAAGUGGACGUUGUGGUAGCACCAUGCCAAGGCCUCCGGCCCACAGUGGAUGUUCUGGGUGACUUGGUGAAUGAUUUCUUGCCUGUGAUAACCUAUGCACUCCACAAAGAUGAACUCUCUGAGAGGGAUGAGCAAGAGCUUCAGGAAAUCCGAAAGUAUUUCUCCUUUCCUGUAUUCUUUUUCAAAGUGCCGAAACUGGGCUCAGAGAUAACAGACUCCUCAACCAGGAGAACGGAGAGUGAAAGAUCACUGCUUUAUCGCCAGCUAAUUGACCUGGGCUAUCUGAGCAGCAGUCACUGGAACUGCGGGACUCCUGGCCAGGAUACUAAAGCUCAGAGCGUGUUGGUAGAACAGAGUGAAAAGCUGAGACACUUGAGCACAUUUUCUCACCAGGUGUUACAGACUCGCCUGGUGGACGCAGCCAAGGCCCUGAACUUGGUGCAUUGCCACUGCCUUGACAUCUUUAUUAACCAGGCAUUUGACAUGCAGCGGGACCUGCAGAUCACUCCCAAACGUCUGGAAUAUACUCGAAAAAAGGAGAAUGAGUUGUACGAAUCAUUGAUGAAUAUUGCCAACCGAAAGCAGGAGGAAAUGAAGGAUAUGAUUGUUGAGACACUUAAUACCAUGAAGGAGGAACUUCUGGAUGAUGCUGCUAACAUGGAGUUUAAAGAUGUCAUUGUCCCUGAGAAUGGAGAACCAGUGGGCACCAGAGAGAUCAAAUGCUGCAUCCGACAGAUCCAGGAACUCAUCAUCUCCCGACUAAAUCAGGCAGUGGCUAAUAAGCUGAUCAGCUCAGUGGAUUACCUGAGGGAGAGCUUCGUCGGAACCCUGGAACGAUGUCUGCAGAGCCUGGAGAAGUCUCAGGAUGUCUCAGUUCACAUCACCAGUAAUUAUCUCAAACAGAUCUUAAAUGCUGCCUAUCAUGUUGAAGUCACGUUUCACUCAGGGUCGUCAGUUACAAGGAUGCUGUGGGAGCAAAUCAAGCAGAUCAUCCAGCGCAUCACAUGGGUGAGCCCACCUGCCAUCACUCUGGAAUGGAAGAGGAAGGUGGCCCAGGAAGCCAUUGAGAGCCUCAGCGCCUCCAAAUUGGCCAAGAGCAUUUGCAGCCAAUUCCGGACUCGGCUCAAUAGUUCCCACGAGGCUUUUGCAGCCUCUUUGCGGCAGCUAGAAGCUGGCCACUCAGGCCGGUUAGAGAAAACUGAAGAUCUAUGGCUGAAGGUUCGGAAAGAUCAUGCCCCCCGCCUGGCCCGCCUUUCUCUGGAAAGCCGUUCUCUACAGGACGUCUUGCUUCAUCGUAAACCUAAACUGGGACAGGAACUGGGCCGGGGCCAGUAUGGUGUGGUGUACCUGUGUGACAACUGGGGAGGACACUUCCCUUGUGCCCUCAAAUCAGUUGUCCCUCCAGAUGAGAAGCACUGGAAUGAUCUGGCUUUGGAAUUUCACUACAUGAGGUCUCUGCCAAAGCAUGAGCGAUUGGUGGAUCUCCAUGGUUCAGUCAUUGACUACAACUAUGGUGGUGGCUCCAGCAUUGCUGUGCUCCUCAUUAUGGAGCGGCUACACCGUGAUCUCUACACAGGGCUGAAGGCUGGGCUGACCCUGGAGACACGUUUGCAGAUAGCACUAGACGUGGUGGAAGGAAUCCGCUUCCUGCACAGCCAGGGACUUGUCCAUCGUGAUAUCAAACUGAAAAAUGUGCUGCUGGAUAAGCAGAACCGUGCCAAGAUCACUGACUUAGGAUUCUGCAAGCCAGAGGCCAUGAUGUCAGGCAGCAUUGUGGGGACACCAAUCCAUAUGGCCCCUGAACUUUUCACAGGGAAGUACGAUAAUUCCGUGGAUGUCUACGCUUUUGGAAUUCUUUUCUGGUAUAUCUGCUCAGGCUCUGUCAAGCUCCCUGAGGCAUUUGAGAGGUGUGCUAGCAAAGACCAUCUCUGGAACAAUGUGCGGAGGGGGGCUCGCCCAGAACGUCUUCCUGUGUUUGAUGAGGAGUGCUGGCAGUUGAUGGAAGCCUGUUGGGAUGGUGACCCCUUGAAGAGGCCUCUCUUGGGCAUUGUUCAGCCCAUGCUCCAGGGCAUCAUGGAUCGGCUCUGCAAGUCUAAUUCUGAGCAGCCAAACAGAGGACUAGAUGAUUCUACUUGAAAGCAAAGACUUUUCUUUUUCACUCUCUAGUUCUUUCCUUCCCCCUCACCUUUUGGCCAUGGGGAGAAUUUGACAUUUAUUCACUAUAGGACACACUCCCAAGGGAACUGGUGCUUGCUGGGAAACUUGAAACCUUCCCAGGCAGGGAUGACUCCUGGACAGUGAAGAGUUGAAUGACUGAGCAUAUUCAGCAGCUCACUGAAGCGCCAAGCUAUUCCUUUAGCAAAAAAGUGUCUAAGAUGUGUAAAAGCUGAGGAAUGUGAUGUUCUGGCCUCACAAAUGAAAAAGAGGCAGAUGCUACCAUUGUCUAUUCACUGUAUAUGCUUCCAAGACAACCAGCAGGACACUGCAGUGGCAAUAGUGUUAAAAAGUCUCAUUCUCAUGAUUUUUGGCUCUAGCUAGGAAUAGUUUAGUCAGGACUCAGAAAAUUUGAACUUAGUUCUGGGAUUAUGAAAACAUGGGGACAAAAACAGUAACUUGUGGAUAUCUGGUUCCUGCUGUCUGCAGCCAGGGAUCUCAGGCUGCAAUGGUCAGAAGUCCCAGUGAGGGAGCUAGAAACAGAGCUAUCUGUUCCUCAUAGUGCCAGUGUGUUUACAUUUAUAGGACCACAUAUCCCUGGUUUCUGGGGGAGGGUUUCACUGUUACAUCACCAAAAGGCCCUGAAAAGAU